CACAUUUACACUGACAGGACAUAUUAUACGAAAGACGACAUCAUGGCAAAGGCAGCAUAUACGGUCACCAAAAACGAUAUGACGGAAUUAAAGGCACUAUCUCGCCCACCUCGGCUGGUUAAAGAGCUCCUGACAGUGACAUUGCUGCUACUGGGCUACUCGGAGAAACAGGCUGCAAACUAUAAGGUAUGCAUGCUUGUGAUGGCUGACCCGGGGAAGGAUGGUCUGCUGCAGCAGAUGAAGAACAUGGACGCCAGCUCCAUACCUCCAGACACCGUGGCCAAAGCCAGGACAAUGCUCCAGGAAUGCUCACUCGAAAAAGUGUUGAAAGUAUCAUUAGCUGCAGGUGGCCUUUACAAAUGGGUGGCAAUGAUAAUAGCCUAAGCUGCAGUUCAUUGGAGAUCUUCAUUUGUACAUCAUCUGAUGUACAGAACCAACCAACCUACCACCAUCUGAUGUACAGAACCAACCAACCUACCACCAUCUGUUACACAGACCCAACCAGUCUACCGCCAUCUGAUACACAGAACCAACCAGUCUACCACCAUCUGUUACACAGAGCUAACCAGUCUACCA